AAAAUGAAGCGAUAAAAAAUAAAAAAAUUUAGGGGAAAAAAGGAGAGAGAGAGAGAGAGAGAGAGAGGAGGGGCUUUAAGUUUCAAAAGGGUGAGGAAAGAUGCAGAUGCACAGGUGAAGGGAAAGCUUCUCUCUCUCCGUCUCUCUCUUUCUCUCUCUAAAGUUAAGAAGAAUCGGAGGCAAUUUUGGGGUGUCAAUUAGUCUCAAUCUCUCUCUACCAACUGCAAAUCAUCGCAUUGUGGAGGCGUAUUUUGAUUCCUGAUAAUAUCAGUACAUUUUGUCCGAAUUUCUCCACCAUUCGAGGAUUUGGGUGCUGCAGAGUUUCAGAUCUUGAUGCAAGGGAUGGAGAAGGAAAACAAGAAUCACAGAGCUUGUAGGCCUCCGGAGACUGAUUUCCUGUUACAGUGGGGUAACAGGAAGAGAAUGAGAUGCAUUAAGAUUCAGACAAAAGAAGGUGUUGCAGAUAAAGAUGGCCUCUCGAAGAAGACCACCAUUCGGGUAGACAGACGAGUUGUGAGGGCUGACAAAGAAUCGGCUCCAUCAAGACCGUCUCUUUCUUGGAAACCCAAUUCCCUUCAUCACCAACCGAAUCGCCUCCAAAGGAACUCCGAUACUGCAACUCUGAGAUCGGCAGGGGCCGAAGCCAUGGCCAGGCGUCGGAGCGAUGAACGUCUCGUCCUCCUCGAAAGCUCAGACAUGGCAGCAAAGGGAAGGAGCACUAGUGGCGCUGGAGCAGGAGGUGCUCCCUCCUCUUCUUCUCCAGAGAAAGAAGAUCGAUACUCCACCAGGGGAGCAGCAACAGGCUUCGCUUCUUCAACCGAUGCUGGCGGCAACAAUGGAAAGAUCUGCUCCGAAAAUGGAGAUGGGUUUACUGAAAAGGCCUUUGUUUGGCCAAAGUUCAUAAUCGCCUUGUCCAGUAAGGAGAAGGAAGAAGAUUUCAUGGCGAUGAAGGGGUGUAAGCUCCCUCCGAGACCAAAGAAGCGGGCCAAAUUUAUCCAGAAAAGCUUACUUCUGGUUAGCCCCGGUGCUUGGCUGUGUGAGUUGUCUCAGGAGCGUUACGAAGUCAGAGAGAAGAAGAGCAACAAGAAGAGGCCGAGGGGGUUGAAGGCAAUGGGUAACAUGGAAAGCGACUCGGAAUGAGAAGAAUAUCGAGUCGUGGUCCAGAGAAAGCGCGGCGAAGUUGAUCGGGUCAGAGAUGGAGAGAGAAAACGGAGAUGCGAUUUUGUGCGGAUAUGAUUUAGGGUUAAUCGGGCAGGGUUUCUGUCUCUAAAUAAUGCUGGGGGCGAGUGCGUGUAUUCAUUUGUAUCGAUGGUUAUUAUUCCAAAAGGUUUUAGGGCCGUGGAGUAAACGUGGAGAGACCUUGUAACCGACUCACACUCAUUCACCUUGUAAUUUCUCUCUCUCUAUAAAUGAGAUUCAUUUCUUUUGUUGAGUGCAAA